AUUAUAUGUACACAAUUAUUACAUGUACACAGUACAGUACUCAUAAUUUACAUUCGUGACUAUUGUAUGUGCGAGGUACAUAUACAGAAAACAUGGCUGCGCCUUACAGUCUUUACCGGUAGAUCACGUCAUAAUAUAAAUAAGACGACAAAGCUAAUGCAGUUUGGUAUGAGCUUCCGUUGCAAGAUUUUAAAACUUGUUGUGGCACGUCAAUCACACUAUAUUCAUGCUAAACUAUAUUCAAAUUUAACAAAUCAAACACCUGGCAUCGUUUACGUUUCCACGUCCACUGACGUCUUCACGAAUUUAGCAUGGGAGCAGUGGUGGUAUGAGAAUGGGAACUUCACAUCACACCGAGCAUUGCUGAUAUACUGCAACGAUCCGUGUGUAGUCGUUGGACGUCAUCAAAACCCGUGGGUUGAAUGUGACGUGAAAGAAGCGGCGGUGUCUAGCCUGCCCUUGUCAAGACGCCAAAGUGGCGGUGGAACUGUAUACCACGACCUUGGUAACAUCAACUGCAGCUUUAUGACUUCGCGAAAACAUUACAAUCGAAGAGAAAACCUCGAUUUCUUAGCUGAUUUGAUCAGCACUCGCUGGGAUCUUGAUGUGUCCGUGAACAUCAGAGACGAUCUAAUUCUUGACAAUUUCUACAAGGUGUCAGGUAGCGCAGCAAAGCUUGGAAAGGAUACAGCAUACCAUCACUGCACACUCCUUGUCAACUCUGGGCUAACGGCACUUCAUUCAAUUUUGCGUCCAGACAGGCUCGGCUGGUCGUCAAACGCUACCGCUAGCGUGCCAUCUCCAGUUGCCACACUGGCUAGUGCUGCAGUGGAUAUUAACACAGAGUCGGUGAUAGAAGCCAUAGCAGAAGCUUAUCUGAGUGCAUAUGAAAACUCUGUGACAUUAGUGACACCGUCAGACAGCGUUUGCCCGGGCUGGAAAUCAUCGUUUAUAAUGUUACUGCCUAGUUCCUACAUGGGUUCUAAGAUUGAUGAGUAUAUGGAAGAUGCAUCAAUGUUCCUGACAACCUACAAAUGGAUCUGUGACUUUCAGCUAACAAAAUUCUUUACAGAGCAAGUAUGGGAACGGAUUCCUACUGAGUGGUACGGAUGUCUAAAAACACUUAGUGUUGAUGAUUUAAAUGAGCUCCCAUAUGGUCACCAGAUGGAUUACUGGCCAGAAGAUUUGAAGAAAUUUAUAACAAAGUCACAAGAACUCUCUCUCUGCAGGGAUCAGGUUGACUGGCUGCAAAAAACAGACCUUGGCACAGAGGAAAAAAGAGGCAUGACACCGAAGAAGGUCCACGAAGUAGAAUGGAUGUCAUCCCUAGUGGCUGAUGUUUGUCUCAAAACCCAAUGUGAUGUAGUCGUCGAUAUUGGUGCUGGGCUGGGAUAUUUGAGUCGCGUCCUGAGCAGCAUACAUGGUCUCAGAGUGAUAUGCAUCGAGUCGGACGGUUCAAGGACUCUUGGAGCUGAGCGGCGUGCAAACAGACAUUCUCCCACGAGCAAGCCGCAGUGCAUUACCCAACAACUAACAUCUGACGACAUCGGAGGAACUGUGAAACGACUGCGAACAGUGUUGCAGGGUGCGCUUGGUUGCGAUCGAUACAGCAGGAACGAUGCCAGACCAUCUGGUGAUGGUCACAGUGGCGCUGUCUGCAUGAUCGGGUUGCAUUGUUGUGGUGACCUCACACCAACAAUGCUGAAGGUCUAUGCAGAAAUGCCAGAAAUCCGUGCAUUAGUGUGCGUUAGCUGUUGCUAUCACAAAAUGGUAGAUGGCACUGUAAUCUCACGAAUGAACUUCCCCAUGAGCACAGCAGCGAAGAGAUUUCUCAGGCAGAAUCAAGGAGAAGAACGCAAUGUCGAUCUCCCUCCAUGUCUCUGUGAUUCUAAUGCAGACUAUCAAUGCUCUCAGGAUAGAUAUCAUACGGAGAGAAGCAUUGAUAAUGUGGAAGGCAAACAGCAGAGUUAUGUUCGAGGAACAAUGAAAUGCCAAGUGCUGUGCUCUCCUUCCAGCUCAAAGUGUGAACAGAAGUUUGUAAAUGAUAACGCUCAGUUAGGGAACAAUUCAGAGAGCAGUGAUUCAGCGUCGGAUGUUUUUCCCAUUGUUAACUCGUUCGCAUUAAGACUUGCUGCUCAGGAGACACGGGUGAGGUGGAGAGCACAGACGGCAGAUGACCACGAACUUCACACUAGAACAGUUGCCUACAGAGCCAUCCUCGAACACCUGGCGAAUAGCGAAGAUGGUGGGUUUAGGAAAUUCCAUAGGAAGGUGACGUCAAAGUCAUCAUUUGAGUCAUUUGAGAGCUAUUUGGAUGCAGCCAUCCUGAGAACUACGCUGGAUGCUUGUGGUGAAAGUGAUCAAAGCGUAAAAGGUCGUCUUCGAGAGCUUUACACAAGAUUUCAGCCGUUAUUUCCUUCUAUUGAAAUUAUAACAGCUCUACAAGUGUGUAUGCAGUCAGUCCUGGAAUCUGUUCUAACGAUCGACAGAUGCUGCUUUCUACAAGAGCGUCACCUAGUGGCAGAAAUUGCUCCAAUCUUCCUUGAGAAUAUAUCACCAAGAAACUUGGCAAUUAUUUCAAGGAGGAAUUAGACUAGCCAUAGGACUAGCUUAUCGAAAAAAGUGAAUUAACUGACUGCAUAUUUUGAAUUAAAACAUAUUAAGAAACUUAUUUUUAUCACACAUAAUCGAAAUUUAUUAUAAAAUUUGAGAAUAUAUAAAUUUUGUUACAUACGCAUGUGUGUACGCACACACGCACACACACACACACACACACACACACACACACACACACACACACACACACACACAUUUUGUAUCCAAGAAUGUAGCGGUUUCAGUAGUUUUAUGUUACUUUUUUAUGUUACUUUCACAAUAUUUUAAAUUAAAAUAUACGAUGUUCAAACA